UCUGAAAAAUGAGAACAAAGCGAUUGUUCCUGUUCUCUUUCUUAAGUCACUUCAAAUGCUGUUGGAGAGGCUGGAGGCUCAGUGUGAGGAGCGCAGAGCAGGAGACAGGCGUGUGAUGGACAGUUUUCACGCUCAACAUCCGAAGAGCGCGUAGAAAACCUUCAUCAUGGAUUCAGAGGCGAGCGAAAGCAAGCGCUCCGAGGAUUUUCCCUGCAGAAGCGUUGAUCUUUCUCUCCUCCCGUAUCCCGUUCCUCAUCCCGUCGUCCCUCAACCUCACAGGUUCAUCCCGGAGAUGAUCGACCUCAACCGGCUCCGGCUUCACCGCGUCGUUCACGUGAAACAAGAGCUUCCGGUGUGGCCUCCGUCUCCUCUUCUCAUCCGAUCUCCCAAUCCUUACUUUCCUCCUUUCCAUCCGAGCCUCGUGCCGUUCCCGUUCCUCCUUCCCAACUCAACCAAUCCCUUCUACCCGAGGUACCGCCACCGAAAGCCGGACGCCUCCGCGGAAAAGCUGAACGUCAACGUGGACGAAAGCUAUUACGUAACCGUCGGCGAUCAGAAGCGCUGGAAGUGUCGGAUGUGCGAGAAGUCGUACACCUCGAAGUACAACCUGAUCACACACAUCCUCGGACACAGCGGGAUCAAACCUCACGGCUGCGACCUCUGCGGGAAGCUCUUCAAGCAACUGAGCCACCUGCACACACACAUGCUCACACACCAGGGCGCGCGCCCACACAAGUGCCAAGUGUGUCAGAAAGCCUUCACUCAGACCAGUCACCUGAAGAGACACAUGAUGCAGCACAGCGAGGUCAAGCCCUUCAGCUGUGGAGUGUGUGGGCGAGGGUUCGCGUAUCCCAGCGAGCUGCGCACACACACGCUCAAGCACGAGAGAGGGCAGGAGAACGUGUGUGUGGAGUGCGGCCUCGACUUCCCCACGCUCGCGCAGCUCAAGCGACACCUGACGACGCACCGAGGGCCCGUGACGUACGACUGCGGGGAGUGUGGGAAGAGUUUCCAGUAUCCCAGUCAACUCCAGAAUCACAUGAUGAAGCACAAGGACAUCCGGCCCUUCAUCUGCGGAGAGUGUGGGAUGGAGUUCGUGCAGUCGCAUCAUCUCAAACAACACACACUCACACACAAGGGCGUGAAGGAGCACAAGUGUCGUAUCUGCGGCCGUGAGUUUACUCUGCUGGCCAACAUGAAGCGUCAUGUUCUGAUCCACACCAACAUCCGGGCGUAUCAGUGUCACCUGUGUUACAAGAGCUUCGUCCAGAAGCAGACGCUGAAGGCCCACAUGAUCGUCCACUCCGACAUCAAGCCCUACAAGUGCAAGCUGUGUGGAAAGGAGUUUAACAGAAUGCAUAAUCUGAUGGGCCACAUGCACUUGCAUUCUGACAGCAAACCCUUCAAAUGUCUUUACUGCGCCAGCAAGUUCACGCUGAAGGGAAACCUGACCCGCCACAUGAAGGUCAAGCACGGGGUCAUGGACCGGGGACUGGACGCUCGGGUGUUCAGGCGUCGGGGUCGUCUGUGUCUCUCCGGCCCGCUCCGGAUCCUGUCCCGCAUCACUCAGGACGAGCCCUUCGAUCUGUCCCGGAAGAAGCAGAACCCGAACCCGAUGAGCCUGUCUCCGUCUGACGGCGGGAGCUCCAGUCGGGACGAGGACGAGGACAGUGUGUACAGCCCUGAUCUCUACCACAAGAAGAAGACACAACACACACACUUCUACAGCCACAAAGAGGACGAUUUCUGAGACAAACACUGUAAAAAUGCUUUUCGUACUCAGUGUUUCCAGUCCAAAUAUUAAAAAAUCAAAAUCAAGAUGCAUUUACUAGAUGAGUAACAUGACAUCAGAUAUUAAGUCUUGUUUUCUGGUGAAAUAAAUGAAAUUAUUAAUUCGAAUGGAAACAAGUUUGGCAGAUAAUUGUACUUUUUUUAAGCAAAAACUCACUUCAUUUUGAUUUAUUUCGCCAGAAAACAAGACUUAUAUCUUAUGGCAUGUUACUCAUCUAGUAAAUGCAUGUUGAUUUAAAAUAAUUUUAAUAUUUGGACUGGAAACAAGACACAAAUACUGAGUAAGAAAUGCAUUUUUUGCAGUGCACACGCUGUGAUGAUGAUGAUGAUGAUGAUGAUGAUGCUUUAAAUAUUUUUUCAUGUGAAAAAUGUACAGAAAUCUUCGCAAGUCUCUUGAUUUUCAGAAGCGUAGCGUGUUUAGUCUACUUGGUAUCAUAAUGUACAAUGAAAUUAAUAUAAUUGAGAGAAGAAACCUGAUAUAUUUCUGAUCAUUAAUGCUAAUUGCCUUCAAUGGAGGUGUAACGGCUUAUAAACGUGUUCUGACUUUGAUGAAUGAUUACAGUUUUGUAUUUUUGCAGUGUGUAAACGGAUGGAUGAUCAUAAUCGACCGCAGUGUGAAUGCAGAUCAAUAUUUAUGUACAAUAAAUUUUUUUUGACUUAA